AAACGGCUACCCAGCAAACCACCAUCCCCUCCACUACACUCCACUUCCUCCUCCUUCUUCUCUCCUCUCUCUCUUCCUACGUGUGUUUUUGUGAGUGUGUGUGCAGACGAAUCGCAGAGCAGGAGGAAGCUCCAAGGACGUCCUUUUUCGAGCCCCUGGAGCCAGAGAUGCGAGGGACGAACAUUCAUUAGCCCACACCGUUGCCGCCUGCUGCAGGAGAACUUCGCGGGUGUUGCAGCCUGAGCCCUGCUCUCUGAUCCCCGCUCGUUGUGUGAGUGUUUGAGGAGGACUGUAACCAGUUGCCGGACGGAGAUCUGAAAACACAGGAUUCUACUUUUCUGCAACGAUUGAAUGUGACAUCGAUCGGAUAAGGAAGGCAAGGAAUCCAAAGCCAUCAUCAUGAAUUUCGUUAUGAAGCAAGCGCUGGGGGGGGCCACUAAAGACAUGGGCAAAAUGCUUGGUGGAGAGGAGGAGAAAGACCCUGAUGCUCAGAAAAAAGAGGAGGAGAGGCAAGAAGCAUUGAGGCAACAAGAAGAGGAAAGGAAGGCAAAAUAUGCAAAAAUGGAAGCAGAGAGAGAAAACCUCCGACAGGGCAUCAGGGACAAGUAUGGCAUCAAGAAGAAGGAGGAGAAGGAAGCCGAGGCAGCAGCUGCUAUGGAGCAAGCCUCAGAGGGCAGCCUUACCCGUCCUAAAAAGGCCGUCCCCACUGGCUGUGGUGAUGAGGAGGAAGAGGAGAGCAUCGUGGAUACGGUCAUGAAAUUCAUCCCAGCCCCUCUGAUGGAUAUGUUCAAUAAAAAGUAACAGGGUUUUGUUUAGAAAUACGGCUAACCUCUUAUAACAUCCUAAUUAAUGCUGUACCAGCAUGUCCUACUCCCACCUGCCGUCACACUCUUGUCCACACACAUCCCAUCCCAUUAAACCAAAUACCAAGUGUCCUGGAAUUACGCAGCGUGCCAUGAUUCUGUCUUUGAGCUAAUCUAGCCAAUCUUAGACAGUGAUUCAUACUUUAAAUAUCAUGAACAGAGUUUCUGACAUGAUAAUCUAUUAUCCUGUCUUACAAAUGACAAAAACACCUACACAGAUCUCUUUAUUUUCAGGUAAUCUGACAACAUCUUUUCAACCCAUUGCUCAGAAAAAGUCCAAACAUCGCCAACAACCGCUUUUCUGUUUGUAAAUAGCCUCAUUGAUAUAAAAGAAUACUAUAUAUGAGUGAAAUACGACAUUUAACAAGAUAACUAAGAGUAUAAGCCAUAUUUUUAACUUUUGGGAAUUAUCCAAAUCAUUUUAAAUUUAAUUAAAAUGUCCUUUAUCCUUUUACAUUCCUGCUGAUCUUUGAUACAUACAGUGUAUAUAGAUACAUGCAUUUUUAUUGGUUCUCCAUUGUGGGCGUUCACCUUUAAUUUGAUCAUCAUGUUCUCGUUGGUGCACAGUGAAUGUGUAAUAUAAGCACUAUAUUGGAAACGUGUAAACCAGGAAGUGAAGGAAUUUAUUUGUAAUGACAUAUUUCGAUUUGUUUAUUUCGUAUGCAUGCAGGGGAUACCUAUGAGGUGAUGUAUAUAUGGUGCAUAAAUGGAUUCCAUUUCAUGUGUACUGAUGAAAGAGAAGAUGCUGGUAUUUCAGGCAAUAAAUGGUCCUUCAAGACUUAUUUAAGUAAAACAUUUCAUUCAACUUCAUUGUACAUUAAGAGAUUACUGACUUAUAGUACAAAAUGUUCUUCCAGGGAGACAGUUUUUCUCCAUAUGUAAAACUUGUCUUAAAGCAGGAGAGUAAAAUUCUAUAAAUUCAAGAAAUUCACUGGUUAUUAUUGUCACUUAGGAAAAUCUGUGUUUGCGAGUGUUAUUUAAUCUUCUUUUGAAUCAGUAUGUGUUUAAGUUUAACCUGGCUGGUUAAUUUGAAGCUGAGUGUUCUAUAUCUGUGUUUUUCAUUGUAAAAGAAAAAAAAAAAAAAAUUUUACAAACACAACUACGUUGUGUACACACUAUAUGUGAACAGACAGUGACAAUAGUGCAAUAUAUUGUUCAAAAUGAAGUUGUCCUGUGUCUGUUGGUUUAACAAGUGGGAAUAUAGUUCCAAAAUCAGCAAUAACAGACAAUCUUCAUUGUUUUGUGUUUUAAAGUUACCCCUAAAUGUGUUAGUCGAUGUUAAAGGCACACGUGUGUCGACAUGAUGUAGUAACAGUGAAACUUUUGUAGGUCCCAUAUGUUCAAUUAAAACAGCAAAAAGAGGGAAGGUGGGACAAUUUGCUUCAUGUCAUUAAAGUAUUUUAAUCACACAUAAACUGGCAUACACAAACAGUGUAAUCUAAUGGGGUACGCUAGCACAAUGGGAAAUUAUUCACAAAACUUUGCCUAAAAGCUUCAUGAUCAUACAUUUUUUUAACAUUGCAUCAUAUAUUCUGUUCUGGUAAAAAGCUGCACAAAUGUAGACUUGAAGAUUAAAAGUGAUUUAUUUUUGUUUGCAUUUGUUUUUAAUUUCUCUUCAUUCCAGAGUGUCUUGUUAAACAUUCCAGAUAUUUCCGACAUUCCACCAGAUUUAUGCUGGUAAUCCACUUAAUUACAGAUAAAAUUCUAGUAGGCCACAGUCAAUGCCUUCUUUGCCUUUCAGACUUUUACAUCACAAUGUACACCUUAAAUCUAUCUGUGCUUUUAUAACAAUCAAAAAUAAAAGAUUCAAUCUAAUCUACAGUGAAAGUGAUGACAUGAGUGCCAAUGCUAAUUAAAGGGUAAUUUCAGCUGCCAUGUACAGGAAAGUCCAAAAUCAAAUCUACGUAAUCAUCAAUGUGCUUCUGAGAACAGUAAUUUAAAUGUUGUGGUACAUUUUUUAAUAAAUAUUUUGUGGUCCACUUGCACACAGUAGGUGUAGUCGUAACUGAGGUUUUCAAAACUACACAUUUUGCCACAAUGUGUGUAUUCCUGUUCCUUCUAAAUGUGAUUCAGUUGUUAUGUAAAAUACAGUAUACCACACAACAUUGCUGUAAUGAGCACAUUUAUUUAACAUCUUGUGAAUUCAAUGCAUUUGUAAAUUGCCAGCCGCUGUUGAAAGAGUAUGUUUGCAGUCAACCAUCUCAUAGUUGUUUCCAUGCUUCAUAUCUCAGCUAUAAGAGCAGUUAUUUAAUUAUACCAAAGAAUAUUGAUGUUGAUAGCAGAUUUAGUACAAGAGUUUUCAUUUUUGUUUUAGUAUAUUCUCAGGUAUUAUAGCUUGAUGUUUGAUUAGUAGAAGUUAACUACAGCUGUUGUUAAAUUAGCAUCACUAUUAAAAAACAUUAGUAGUUUCACUGCUAUCAACUUAACUAGUCAACAGCUAUUAUUAUUUUUGAAAAUGUUCAGCUAAAUAAUAUUAUGGUUUCCUGCAAAACUGUCGAGCAGCAACAUCUAAGGUAAAUUAGUUACAUUUAUUUUUUGUGUUUAAACCUGAUAAUAUUUUAGUAUCUAGGACUAUACAUUGACCAGUUUCAUAGCUGGCAGUCUAGUUUAUUACUAGAGUUACUGUACAGUUACAUUUGAUUUUUAAAUGUUUAACUCAAGAAUAUUUUAGAAACUUAAUUUACUUCCCUGAAUUAAGCAGCCUUAUAGCUUGCAACAUAGUGUCAUUGCCGUCAAGCAAAUAAUCAUUCAGUUAACCUUGAUUUUUUAACGUUUUGCCCAAUAAUACUUUAGGUAGCUGCCAAGAAGCAACGUGAGAACACCCUAAAUGGUUACUCUAUUUGCAAGCAAGCUACUUUAAUCACAGGUGAGAACCUUUUAUUGUUUUGUUCAAAAUGUUUUAGAAAGCUACAAUUACUGCCUUUAAGAUGGUAGUUUCAUUGCUAAUAAGGUAAUUUGCAUCACAGCGACCUUUAAUUUAGAAUAUCUUCAGUCCCAGAUUAUGUUAGAAACUGCAACCACUGCCUUUAAAUGAACAGUUUCUUGGCUAGCAACCUUGUUUCCUUGCUUCUAGCAACUUAGGCUGCAGUGACCUUUAACUUCUGAACAUGUUUGGUCUUAGAACAUUUCAGAAAGCUACAAAUACUGCCCUUGUAAAUGAUGCAUUCAUGAUUUGCAUUCAAAAUUAAUUAUCAGACUCAUGCUAUGAAAUUCAGUCACUAUUUGUAACUAAUAUACCAUCAAAUACAAUCAUAAAUACAUUUAUCAUUAUCAUCCUAUAAAUAGAAAAUGUAUUGCUCUUCUACUGCCCAAACAAACUGCCCAAGUCAUUGGGAAAUAUUUUGCUAUGUAGUGCAUGUUGUAUCAAAAAUGGACAACAAUUGGAAGUCACUUAUUUGUGUCAAUCAUACACCCAUUAAUAGGUUUUAAAAACUGCCUGAAUAUAAAUAACAUGGCUUCUAGAAGAAUAAUCCUUUGAUGUGACUUGAAUGUAACUGUCUGCUGUUUCUCUCUUCUUGGAUCUGUCUCUUCUCUGUUCUGUAUGUGUUGAGGAGAUGCUAUUUCUGGUGCAGUUUUUUUCUUGUCUGUUGUCAGUCCUGUGUCUGUUCUCUGGUGGCUGGUGUUUUAAGAAAAAAGAAAAAAAUGUUUAUUUGGUGCAUUACAUUGUACUGCAACAUCUCCUAAUCCUUCUUCCGCCCCCUUCCUCUCUGUAUCCUCCUUAUGUGUUGACAAAAAUGUAUGCAUGCUUUCGGUGUGCGAUUUAGGCAAGGUUGUGGAUAUAAACGUUGUGUCCUCUCUGUUUCAAAGCUCCACCUGUUAAUCUCACUGCAUGCUAUUUUAGAGAAAUAUUUCAAUAUGUAACUUUCCUGCAAAGAUGGAAUCACCGCACACUGAAAAUAAAGUGAUUUCAUAUAA